AUGGAAGGACCCCAAAAAGUGCCACCGAUUCCGGCAGUAGAUCGAUAUUUCAUCGGUUCGAUUCUUCUCCUGAUCCACGUCUUCAGCGUUUCCUUCAACGUCUGCCUCCUCGUCGCCGUCCGACGCUUUUCUAGACGACGUUUUCAGUUUUUCCAAUGAUUUUUGAGUAUUUUUGAAGUUUAGACACGUUCCCGACAGUGUACAUCUACCUGAUGAUCGUGUCCGAUCUUCUGGGCAACUUUUUCGGGGGCUUUCAGUUCUGUUUACCGUAUUUCUUGUCUGAUGAACGGACUCAAGGUGAGGUUUCCGGCCUUAAAAUGAUCUCCUUAAGUGCGCCAUAAAUUUUGACACAGGCUUCAAAGUUUCCGACUAGGAAACUUUCUGAGACUCAGAUCUGGUUCAAACUUCUAUGGUAGGAAGUCCUAGAUAUAUUAUUUUUUUAAAAAAACAGAAAGAUUUUUUUAUUCUAAGCGCCAUGAGAUACUGGAAAAAAAUGUACAAAAAAAUGUUUGAAAAGAAAUUUCGCGAAAUUCCAGAAAAAAAUCUCAUCUUUUUGAUAUGUUUCAUUUUAAGAACUUUUAAAUCGACUGUGAAUUCUGAAAUUGAAGGAAAUCUCAUAUUCAUUAUAAGAACUGCGAUUCCUGUGGAAAAAAACACACCUUUUUCAGUCUAUGUUCGGUACUUUGGGCCCUACAUCUACAUUUUUAACGGCUAUUCCAUAUUACCAUCGCUUUUUUUCAUGAUCCCAUUGAUGACUUUGAAUCGUGUGGUUCUGACUUUGAAGCCGGAAAUGUUCGCCUGGUUCUCGAGUCGAAAAUUGUGGAUCUACAACGCUUUUCUGGGGGUAAGCAGGCUUGUGGCUGGGCGGCCCGGGGUGAGCUUUGGGCUUUUUUUUGAGGCUCCAUAGUGAAUUUUUUCAUUUUACUUUCUACCGAAUUAUCGUUCUUGUUGAGUUUUAAGGGAAAAAAAAGAAGCGAAAACGUAAUUUCUGUCGUGGAAGAGCCGGAUAUUGGACUUGGAGAAAAUCAGCUUUUCGGGCCGGACCGCCCGUUUUCGAUUAAGGCCCUGCUAAGGCCCGCAAGCCUGGGAAUAAACUAG